AUGGAGGGAAAGAUUCAAGUCGAACGGUUCAAUGGUUCCGACUUUGGAUUCUGGCGAAUGCAAAUGGAGGCUUACCUGAACGGGAAGGACCUCUACGCACCUCUUGGGGAAAAACCCGAGAAGAUGAGCGAUGAUGAAUGGAAGGUGCUCGAUCGGAAGGCGAUGAGCGCUAUAAUUCUUUCGCUCUCUCGGAACGUCGCCUACCAUGUGAAGGGAGCAAAAAGCACGAAGGAGUCAGGAACAAUUUACACGGCGAGUAGAUCCAGCUCAAACAUUCUCCUGGCAGGAGCUGUCUCACAAUCGCACUUGUGGCACAGUAGUUUGGGCCACAUGAGCGAAAAAGGAAUGAAGGUACUAAAGUCGAGAGGACUUUUGCCCGAGUUGGAGUCAGUGGACGUGGGUCUCUGCGAGCAAUGCGUGCUUGGAAAGCAGAAGAGAGUGAGCUUCAUAACCACCGGGAGAGCUCCAAAGACAGAAAAACUGGAGCUCGUGCACACUGACUUAUGGGGGCCAGCACCGGUGACAUCUCUUGGAGGAUCGAUGUACUACAUGACGUUCGUCGAUGACUGCACAAGAAAGGUAUGUGUGUACUUUCUGAAAAGAAAAUCCGAAGCCUUUGAUACUUUCAGGAGAUUGAGAGCACUCGUGGAGAAAGAGACAGGUCUGGAAGUGAAAUAUCUCAGAUCCGACAACGGUGGCGAGUACAACAGUGAAGCCAUCAAAGAAUACUGCGCUGAUCAUGGGAUCCAGAUGCAGAAGACGGUCCCAGGGACACCUCAACAAAAUGGCAUUGCGGAGAGGAUGAACAGAACACUGAAUGAGCCAGAUUUAGUGGGAGCUCAGAUAGAUGAGAUCGAGCGUACAGAAGAAGAGGCAGAACCAGAAUCGGAUGAACCGAUUGCUGAGAGCAGCACGCCUCUGGCACUGGGCCGAGAACCGAGGAUGAGAAGGGCCCCGGAUAGCGAUAGCCAGAGUGCAAUCCAUCUGGCAAAGAACCCCGCGUUUUACUCGCGAACGAAGCACAUCGAGGUUAAGUAUCAUUUCAUCCGGCAACUUCUAGAGAAGAAGAUGCUGCAGCUGAAAAAGGUUCGGGGAGAUAGGAAUCCUGCAGACAUGUUGACCAAGGCGGAUGCAGCUUCUCUUUCAAUUGUCAUCUUGAAAAAGAAAUUUCGUAGCCAGAUCUUUCUUGGCUGUGAUAAUAACCCGUUAUCCAGGCAGGAUGUAAUGGAAUUGGUUAGCAAGAGCGGAAAAUAUAGUAAGAAAUUUGAAGGUUUUACAGGGACAACGGGUCCUUUAGGUAAGAAAUUGAACAACUCAAGAACUCGAUCAGAACUAGGGUGGCAGCCAAAAUAUCCCAGUUUCUCUCAGUUUCUCGAGAGUCUCGACUAA